CGGGGGCCGGCUUGCCGGGUCUUCCCUCUCGGCGGCGGCCAGGCGGGCCCUCGUGCGUGGCGAAGGCGGCGGCGACCCUCAGCACCCGCAGGAGGCCUGGGUCGUGGGAAGGCUGCAGAUAAGAUGCGCCAUGGAUUAUCUUUCCAAGCCUGAUCUUCUCAGCAUAAUCGCUGGAGUUGCCUGCGGAGUAUGCCUGGGCUGGAGCAUCCGCGCCCGCCUCAUCCAGCCAUCCAAACCCAGAAAGGCCCCCGUUGCCAGCGAACUGGGCAACGAAGCCAGCGUGAUGGGCGAGUCUGGAGAUUUCAAGAUGGUGAUCGUUGUCCGGAACGACCUGAAAAUGGGGAAAGGCAAAGUGGCUGCCCAGUGUUCCCAUGCCGCGGUUUCAGCCUACAAACAAGUUCAGCGCCGCGACCCCGAACUUCUGAGGCAGUGGGAGUACUGCGGGCAGCCCAAGGUGGUGCUCAGGGCUCCGGAUGAGGACACCCUCAUGCAGCUCCGCAGCGAAGCUCAAGGGCUUGGCCUGACGGUGAGCUUAAUCCAGGAUGCAGGCCGCACUCAGAUCGCCCCAGGCUCCCGGACUGUCCUGGGAAUCGGACCAGGAUUGGCUGAGAUUGUGGAUAAAGUGUCUGGCCAUUUGAAACUCUACUGAGUCGGGCAUGCCCAGCACAAUGGAAAUUGGCAGCAUGAAUUUAAACCAGAAAAGGGAAAGCAUACAAAUACCCAAUGACUAUUGAAUGCGAUCAUGUUUCUUCCCCAUUGUCCUCUUUUCACAUUUGGUAUCCAUAAAACACCCCACAUAUUUA